AUGGAUCUAUAUGACGAAUUGCCUCAAAGUGAACUUCUAUAUGAUCCGGCAUUUACUCUCCUACUUGAAUCCUGUGAACAGCAUCAACUUUCAGUAGUGGAUUUCAUAACUUUAAACGCUAGAGAAUUAUCACGAAUAUCACAACGAUCCAUUACAGAUGUAUACAAAUUUCAACAAUUGCUACUGAGAGAACUCCAUCUUCAAUAUGUUAAUGAAAAUCAACCUCAUCUACUGGAGAGAGGAUCAGAACCAAAACAUUUUACUACAGGUGAUUUAGCCAUCGAUGAUAUUUUGGGCGGUGGGAUAUUUACUAAAAAUAUUACAGAGAUAUUUGGCGAGAGUUCAACUGGGAAAUCCCAAUUUCUUAUGCAACUCAGUCUGAGUGUGCAAUUGCCGCUCAAGAUGGGUGGUCUCGGUGGUAAAUGUGUUUAUAUUACCACCGAAGGUGAUCUACCUACUCAGCGAAUAGAGGGAAUAUUAUCAUCUAGAAGUGAGUUCACAGAAUCAGGUGUUUCUCAAGAUAAUAUUUUUACUGUCAGUUGUAAUGAUUUGGAAAGUCAAGAACACAUCUUGAAUGUUCAACUUCCCGUGUUAUUAGAGAGGAAUAAUUCAGCAAUAAAAUUAGUUAUUAUUGAUUCAAUAUCACAUCAUAUGCGAGUUGAAUUGCAAGGUGGGUCUGUGAAGGAAGCACAAAAUAACAGAUCUUAUGUUGAUCAAACAGCAGAAAGAUUAUUGGAUUUAGCUAAUAAGUUCUCGGUUGCCAUUGUGGUGGCGAACCAAGUGGGAGAUAAGCCAUUACAAGAAGUUAUUAAUCCCUAUCAGCAAAGCAUAUUGGAUUACGAAUAUCAAUUAGGUUGGCUAGUUGGUUGGAAGGAUUCUUCUAUUAUGUAUCGUCAGAAACAGAGUGAAUUAAUUAAUAAUGAUGAUAUCCUUUCAGAUGAUGAAGAUUCCAUCUUAAUUGAAAGUCAGUUUCAAAAAUUCUUGGAAUCUAGGGAGCCAGCACAACCAAAUCAAGGUACUACAGAAAGUAACAAACCUUCAAAUACUUCUGUAAACUCUAACCAAAACGCGAAAUCGAGAUCGACAUUAACAAUCCAGAAAAUAAGAAAACGUAAUAUUGAUCAACGAAUACCAAAUUUGGGGUUAUCAUGGGCAAACCAUGUUUCAACAAGAAUUCUCUUGAAGAAAACGUAUAAGGCGUCACCUUUAAUCCAACGGGGAGAAAUUAAGUUUUAUGAAGGGAGUGAUGUUGCGAAAUUUUGGAAAGUCAAAAGGAUUUUAAAAGUGGUAUUUUCAACGUUUUGCUCCUCAGAUGAAAUAACAUUUGAGAUUAUCAAGAGAGGUAUAGAGGCAAUUACAUGA